AUGGAUUCCUCAAGCAUCAAUCAGUCAAACCUCCCGUCAUAUGAAUAUCGCUUGGCAAGUGAAUCUCGAGUUGCUAGAAUUAAUGAAAUCUACAAUAAAAACCAUAAACGCAUCACGAACAAACAUAGGGACUCUAUCAUAUCCGACAAUUCAACAUCAGUUCUCUCGAACACUCAAAAUGAUCUUCAUUCAGAGGAUAAUUGUCAACCAGUUGUGAACUUACAAUACAAACCUCAAGCAGCUGUAGAAAAGCCAGAACUACCGUUUGAACAGACCGCUACAAGAACCGUCAAAGCAGAAAGUGAGUUUAAUCCUUUCCGACCUAGAUUUACAGAGGCAAGACCACGCUCAAAAGACGAAAUGGAGCAAGAAUUGCACUUCACACCAAAGCUGCGAACCAGAAGAAGUAUAAUCUUUUCCAGAACGCCAGGGCACGACACUCCGAUACGGGACGAGCCUUUCCAAUUCCUCAAUCCCAAAAAACGUCGCCUCUCCAACCUAAGGACUGAAUCGUCGUCCUUAAAGACUCGAGAAGGUCUAAAAGAGUUGAAAGCGAGACUUGGAAAACCGCUCCCACUGGGUUAUUUGGCUUCGAGUCGUCAGAGAAAUGAUGAAACAGCAGCCCCAAGUUCACAAAGAAAGGCUUUAGAGUCUCGUUGGAAGCGCAUUUUGUCCAGUGCUGAAAGUGAAAAACCUAAAGGUUGGAAUACAUCGUGGCAUAGGGCACGCUCGCCGUCAAAUCAAGAUAGCACUCAAUUGCAUCUAUCAGAUUCCGAAACUUCGCUACUUAAAUUGCUGAGCGACGAUGAUAAUAGAGCUGAGGAUGAAGGGGACGCUUCCAAACCCGUGCGUGAGGGUCAAUUGAAGACAAUAAAAGAAAGCCUCCAAACAAACAAUGAGAAGCUGGAGCAGAUUCUAGCCAUCCUGAAUGAUAAGAAACAAUUCAGCAGUAAAGGCGAGGCUACGGCCUGGGUCAUUUGUAUCAUAAUUCUGAUUGGGCUCAAUCUAUACCUGAGCAAUAUGUAG